AUCACUUUAUCAAUGAAUAUGAUCAAUGAAAGUCUAAAAACUUCCAUUCAUUUUUCAUACAUUCAUUCAACAUAUUUUUCAUUUUAUUUCAAUAUUUACAUAUUUGAAAGAAGUGUAAUAAAUAAUCUAGGAAGACAGGCGACCUACCCUUUCAUCACCAAGCAAGCAUCAAACAUUUUCUUUUAGUACCAAAAUGUCUGUUUGCCUUUCUAAAGAAUAUAUUUCUGCUUACUUCGAUUCUACGUUGCAUUUAUAUUUACGUAGAUAUCUAAAAAAAGAGAUUCAUAAGAAUCAAGUAAAGAAUCAUUUCAUUCUGGAUGAACUUACAAUGGAGUAGUAAUUAUUUUUCUCUCCAAAAUUGCAAUCCAAAUAGGGAGUUUUUUUUUCCUAGAAAUGGAUGAUUCUGGAACAAAUACAUUAAAUUUAUCAGUAAAUCCUGGAGUACCGGAAACCUCAGAAACAAAAAAAAAAUCUAAAGGACAUCGCUGUUAUUUUUGUGGUCAAAGAUUCAUGGUGAAAAAUGUGCUUCGAAAGCAUAUAAGCAUACACAAAGAUAGAGAUUUUUUCUGUGAAACCUGUGGCAAAGCUUUUUCUACUAACUGGGGACUGAGGAAACAUAUAAGAAUUCAUACCGGAGAUCGCCCCUUUGCUUGCAACCUUUGUGAUAAAGCUUUUGCUCAAAAAUGCACCCUACAGUUUCAUUUGAAAUCAAUGCACAGUGAUAAGCCUCAUCCCAGGUGUAAAACUUGUGGCAAACGAUUGAAAUCUUUCUCAUAUAUUCAGUGUUGGUUAUGUAGAUAUGAAGGAAAAGAGAUUAUAGAUAUGAAAGACAUUGAUGGCUUCAGUAAGUCUUUAUCAGAAGGAGUUAGGGACUUAGAUCCUAGUUUAGUGAGAGAGGAGACGCAAAACCAAGACCCUGUUGCAUAUCAGUCAAAUCUCGAAAAUCCCCCCCUUGUCUCCAACCAAAUCAUGAUAUAUCUCUGUGAAAUAUGUAACUUCCAGUUUGAUACUUUCGCAAAACUUAAGCAACAUCAAAUAGAUUAUGGACAUGAAACUAUCUUUGUGUGUGAACAAUGUGGGGAAAGGUUUGAUGACUCGACUAGUAUGAAAAAGCAUUUAACAACUCAUACAACAAAGUUGAGACCAUAUGUUUGUCAAAAGUGUGGGAAAGAUUUUAAGAAAGACUACAAUUUGAAGCAGCAUCUGGUCACCCACAGAGAAGACCGUCCAUAUACCUGCAAAAUUUGUCAAAGUUCUUUUAAGACGAUUCCAAGUCUGAAACAACACUUAGUAAGCCACAGUAAUGAUAGACCUUAUGCUUGUAAAGAAUGUGGCAGCAAUUUCAAAUCUCCACAGGGAUUGAAAUCACAUAUUUUAAUUCAUAACAAAGAAAAACCAUUAACUUGUAAAACUUGUGGGAAGACUUUUACAUUUCUUGGUAAUUUGCAACGUCAUUACAGAGUCCAUACGGGAGAAAAACCAUAUCAUUGUAAGCUAUGUGAUAAACGGUUUUCACAAUCCAACGGAUUAAAAGCACAUGAAUUAAUUCAUGCAAAACCUUUAAAGGAUGAAGAAUACUUAUGUACUGUGUGUGGAAGGAAGUUUAAAUCUGUAUCAAACUACAAAAAACAUUUAUUGUUGCACAGCUAAAUGUUAGUUUUUUCUUUAACAUUUUGUUUCAUAAUUGCAUGUUUUAAUAAAAUUUUUUUUUUUAUCAAGUAUUACAAGGAAUAUGUCUGCAAUACUUUAAAUCUAGAAAAUGUAUUGUUUAAUUGUAAUUAGUAUUGCUCAUUAAGUUAUAAAUUUGUUCAGUUUUAAUGCUCUUAAACCAGUUUUAUGAACAUCAAUAUUUUCAAAUGUGAAUCUUUUCUUCUUUUUUUUCACUAGAUUCCCAUAAAAAAAAUUCUAAAGUGAUACAUUGAACUGGGAUACCAUUCUCACAUUUUCCAAAAGUAGUCAAAGUAUACUGUAUUCUACCCUAUUUAUUGUUCCAGAAUUUUUAGGAUUCUUAAAUAUUAACCUCUUCCACCAAGAUUUAAUUAUGUAAAUUGUGCAUGAAAUUAUCAUUUAAUUUUUAUUAAAAAAAAAACUAGUUUAA